AUGGCGCUGGAGUUUGAGGGUGCCCCGGGCCAGUGGCUCCGUUACGGCCCCUGGGAGGCUGGGGCCACAGGGGAGCUGAGCCUCACCCUUAAAACCAACAUAAGUCGGGCAGUGCUGCUCUACCUGGACGACGGUGGCAACUGCGACUUUCUGGAGCUGCUGAUCAGCGAGGGCCGGCCACACCUGCGGUUUGCCAUCCACUGUGGUGAGCCAGCCUCACUGCACAUGGAGACGCGUGUUAAUGAUGAACGCUGGCAUCGCCUGCAGCUCACCCGUAACUACCGUGAGACCACCCUGGUGGUGGACGGAGAAACCAAGACCGUCGAGGUCAAGUCCAAGAGGCGGGAAAUGGUGGUGGCCAGUGACCUAUUUGUUGGAGGCAUUCCACCGGAUGUACGACUUUCUGCCCUCACAUCCAGCACCAUCAAGUACGAACCUCCUUUUCGUGGACUGAUUGUCAACCUUAAGCUGGGUGAAACUCCUCCAGUCCUCCUGGAUGGGCAAGGAGUGAAAAAUGACUUGGAGUACCUGUGUACCAAACAGAAUCCUUGCAGCAAUGGUGGCUACUGCUCCAUCCACCAAGGGGAAGUGCUCUGUGACUGCACCAACACUGGCUACAGGGGGAGGUACUGCAACGAAGCUCUCCAGCAGGUCUUGGAAGGUCUGGCGCAUCUGAUGUUAAAGAGCCAAGCUCCGGGAUCAGCCUCACUGAUGGCCUCAGCAGCAGCAGGAAUGACUGAGCCUGGACACAUAGAAUCUGUUGCCACAUUCAAAGGGAAUGAGUUUUUCAGCUAUGACCUGUCUCAGACUCCCAUCCAGAGCAGUACGGAUGAAAUCACUCUGGCCUUCCGUACGCUACAGCGUAACGGCCUACUGCUUCACACAGGCAAGUCAGCCGACUACGUCAACCUGUCCCUGAAGAGCGGAGCUGUGUGGCUGGUGAUUAAUCUGGGCUCAGGUGCCUUCGAGGCCCUCGUAGAGCCCUCCAAUGGCAAGUUCAACGACAACGCCUGGCACGAAGUCCGGGUGGCACGAAACCUGCGUCAGGUUACGAUAUCAGUGGAUGGGCUUCUGACCACCACAGGUUACACACAGGAAGACUACACAAUGCUUGGCUCAGAUGACUUCUUCUACAUUGGAGGCAGCCCUAACACAGCUGACUUGCCUGGUUCCCCAGUCAGCAACAACUUCAUGGGCUGUCUGAAAGAUGUGGUGUACAAGAACAAUGAAUUCCGACUAGAGCUCUCCCGUCUGGCAGAGCUCCAUGACCCCAAGGUCACUCUCUAUGGUGACCUCACCUUCCGCUGUGAGGAUGUUGCAGCCUUGGAUCCAGUCAGUUUCGACACACCGUCAGCCUAUAUCACACUACCUCCGUGGAAUACCAAAAAAACAGGCACGGUGUCCUUCGAUUUCCGCACCACGGAGCCCAACGGCCUCCUGAUUUUCAGCCACGGGCGCCCACAUGGGCCGGCCGAACGGGAACGGGACCAUCGGCUGCGCGUCGACUUCUUCGCCAUGGAGCUGCUGGAUGGCUUCCUCUACCUGCUCAUGGACAUGGGGUCAGGGGGCAUCAAAAUUAAGGCCAGUCCCAAGAAAGUCAAUGAUGGGGAGUGGUGCCACGUGGAUUUCCAGAGAGAGGGACGCAAAGGCUCCAUUUCAGUGAAUAGCCGCAACACCCCGUUCUCCACCAAUGAGGGCAGUGAGGUCCUUGACCUGGAUGGAGACAUGUAUUUGGGUGGCCUGCCUGAGGAAGGUCUGCAGGAGACCCUCCUACCGCUGCCUCCGGAGGUGUGGACGGCAGCUUUGAGGCUUGGCUUCGUAGGCUGUGUACGUGACCUCUUCGUGGAUGGACGAAGCCGUGACCUUCGGCGAUUGGCCGAGCUGCAGGAGGCCAUCGGCGUCAGCGGCUUCUGCACGCGCGAGACCCACAAACACUGCAAUGCGCAUCCCUGCGGCCACAGCGGGCAGUGCCGUGAAGGAUGGAACCGCCAUGUGUGUGACUGUGCUGGCACUGGCUACCUGGGCACCAACUGUGAAACAGAGGCCACGGUGGUGAGUUACGAUGGCAGCACGUUCCUGAAGGUUCUCAUGCCCGUUGCCAUGCACACGGAAGCAGAGGACGUGGCAUUACGCUUCAUGUCCCAGCGGGCGUAUGGCCUGCUCCUGGCCACCACCUCGAAAGAGUCUGCCGACACCCUGCGCUUGGAGCUGGACGGAGGAAGGGUUAAGCUCACCGUCAACCUAGAUUGUAUCGGGAUAGACUGUAAUCUUAGUAAAGGACCAGAGGCACUGUUCGCAGGACACAAGCUGAAUGACAACGAAUGGCACUCUGUGAAGGUGGCACGCCGGGGGAAGAGCCUGCAGCUCUCUGUAGACAAUGUAACUGUGGAAGGCCAGAUGAGUGGGGUCCACACACGACUGGAGUUUCACUACCUGGAGACAGGCGUGAUGACGGAGAGGCGUUUCAUUUCCAUCAUGCCCUCUAAUUUCAUUGGGCAUCUCCAGGGCGUCUCGUUUAACGGCGUACCCUACCUGGACCAGUGCAAGAACGGCGACAUCUCCUACUGCGAGCUCAACGCUCGUUUUGGCAUGCGCCGCAUUGUGGCCGACCCCGUCACCUUCCGAACCCGGGCCAGCUACCUGACCUUCUCCACUCUCCAAGCUUAUGCCUCCAUGCACCUCUUCUUCCAGUUUAAGACCACUAGUCCUGACGGACUGCUGCUUUUCAAUUCUGGCGACGGUAGCGACUUCAUCGUGGUUGAGCUGGUCAAAGGGUACAUCCAUUACGUCUUUGAUUUGGGAAAUGGGCCUUCUCUUAUGAAAGGCAAUUCGGACAAGCCGCUGAACGACAACCAGUGGCAUAACGUGGUGGUCUCACGUGAUGACAGCAACGUGCACAUGCUCAAGAUCGAUUCCCGCACCGUUACACAGCACUCCAAUGGAGCUCGCAACCUGGACCUUAAAGGAGAGCUGUACAUCGGUGGUGUGGGAAAAAGCAUGUACAACAGCCUGCCUAAGUUGAUUGCCUCUCGCGAUGGUUACCAGGGCUGCCUGGCUUCAGUGGACCUGAAUGGCAGGUUGCCUGACCUCAUCGCUGACGCUCUGCACAGAGUUGGCCAGGUGGACCGAGGCUGUGAAGCCGGCCCAGGCACCACCUGCACAGAGGACUCCUGCUCUAAUCAAGGGGUGUGUCUGCAACAGUGGGAGGGCUUCUCCUGCGACUGCACCAUGACCACCUAUGGAGGCCCUCUCUGCAGUGACCCUGGCACCACGUACAUCUUUGGCAGAGGAGGGGCCCUCAUCACGUAUACCUGGGCACCCAACGAGAGGCCAAGCACCAGAGCAGACCGGCUGGCCGUGGGCUUCAGCACCCAGCUCAAAGAUGCCAUCCUGGUGCAGGUGGAGAGCACGCAAGGCCUGGGGGACUACCUGCAGCUGCAUAUAGAACAAGGGAAGAUCGGCGUGAUUUUCAAUGUGGGCACUGACGACAUAACCAUCGAUGAGCCUGCAGUCGUGGUGAGCGAUGGCAAGUACCACGUCGUGCGUUUCACUCGCAGCGGCGGCAACGCCACUCUUCAAGUGGACAACCAGCCCGUCAUUGAGCGCUACCCUUCAGGAAACUUUGAUAAUGAACGGCUGGCUAUUGCCAGGCAAAGAAUCCCAUACAGACUUGGUCGUGUAGUUGACGAAUGGCUACUCGACAAAGGACGCCAGCUGACCAUUUUCAACAGCCAGGCAGCCAUUAAGAUCGGAGGCCAAGACAAGGGCCGGCCAUUUCAAGGCCAAAUCUCUGGGCUCUACUACAACGGGCUGCAAGUGCUGAAGCUGGCCGCUGAAGGAGACCCCAACAUCCAAACAGUUGGGAACUUGCGUUUAGUGGGGGACGCCCCAUCUGUCCUCUCCAGUGAGACCACCUCUGCCACUCCUCCAGCCGCUGCGGAUAUGUCUACCACCAUCAUGGAGACGACUACCACCAUGGCAACAACAACUACCCGCCGACAGCGCUCCCCUAGCCUGAAGGACAGUAUCUCUCAGAAUUCGGACGACCUUUUGGUGGCAUCUGCAGAAUGCCCAAGUGACGAUGAGGACCUGGAGGAAUGUGAACCGGGCACUGGAGGUGAAUUAGUGUUGCCCAUAAUUACCGUGGACACCCAAGACCCUCAGCCCGUGGCCACCCGCUACCCAGCCAUCCCUUCUCCCCCCACUUCCCUAACCCCCCUCCAGACCACCAAAGAGUCCCUGACGAUCAGUGACCCCCGCCCCCCAUGCCCGCCAGACCAGGAGGACUGCGGAGACCUCAUGGAAGUGUCGGCGUUCGGCUCGGGAGAGAUGACCGAGUCGGACGACGAAGACUUUUACAAAAACUCCCAUAUGGUGACCGAGAGGACAGUCCUGCCUCCUCCCCCGGCCGUGGCCAAGGGGGCGGGGCAGAACUCGCAUGACCACCGCCCUCAGGCCCCUCCCGCCCCCACCACCCACCCCGACCAGCUCCACAUCCCAGCAGGCAAGAUGAACACCCGCGAUCAGGUGCUCCUGCCUCCCGUGACCUCCUCUCGCUACACACCCGGACUAACCCACCCACCCAAUUUCCCCCAUCUGCCCACAGCUCACCCAACAUUCCCAGGGGAGAAGGGUCAGCCUGGCGCCGUGGAGGUGAUCCGUGAGUCUAGCAGCACCACGGGCAUGGUCGUGGGCAUCGUGGCAGCCGCCGCCCUCUGUAUCCUCAUCCUCCUCUACGCUAUGUACAAGUACCGCAACCGCGAUGAAGGCUCUUACCAGGCCGAUCAGGGUCGCAGUUUCAGCAACGCCGGCGCCGAGAGCAAUGGAGCCGUUAUCAAGGAGAAAACACCCAGCACCACCUCGACUGUCGCCAAGACAACCACGAAGGGCAAGAAGAACAAAGACAAGGAGUAUUAUGUCUGA